UGCUUUUUUUCGCCAAACUUGGAUUGGGACUUUUCCUAAUUCCCAGCUGUAAUGCAGGACGCAAUUGGGAUUACGAACCCAUUUCCCUAAAAUCCUUUACCUCCGAUGAGAAGCUCCUGAAGAUUCAGACAAAGGUGGACCGUCUGGGACGUGCCGAUUUUGCAUUCUCCAUGACUUUGGAUUGGAACUAUGAUGUGGAUAACACCACCAUGUUUCUUUAUCAGGUUGAAGGAGAUGCUUAUCACUGCACUUCGGGUGACGAAAGCGACCAUAAACUGAUGCCCUGGUCUGUGCCCCAGCAACCCUAUGUCGACUACAUCAAUGGCUUCUACCGCGAUGCAUUCAUCAAAAACGUGGGCCAUUGCUCCAAUUUGCCCAAAUUCGAUGAGGACUUUGUUCCUCCCUGGCCACGAGGUGUAUACAAGCUGGACAAGUGUGUGGCCAAUGGCGAGGGAUUACCAGAAAUCGCACCUGAAGGUUACUACAAAAUUGUGUACAAAACCACCGGUGAAGUCGAAUGGGGCUUCACCCUAAUCAUAAGGGUCACGCAUAAGGUUAUUUAAUAAUGAUUUUUUGGUCCAAAAAGGAUACACCUAAG